AUGACCAUAGUCUCAGACGACCCUAGUUGGUGGCCGUUAAUUGAUUCAAAUAUUGUUUUAAGUUAUUGGAUAGUCGCUGCCGGCGUCGUGGUGGUAUACGAUUGGGUCUUAAUACUUGGACAAGAAGUCGAACUGAUCUGGGCUAACAAAUCGGCACUUGCUAAUAGCUCACCUCUGACAAUUAGUACCGACAUUUUGGAAUUUUCGCCAUUUGUCUCGCUGACAGAUGCAGGGUUCAUCAUGAUUGCUCGGCUGCAUGCCAUGUAUCAGGGAUCUAGAAUGAUGCUUAUCUUCCUUGUCAUUAUCUUCCUGGGUGUUAACAUCGCCUGCGGAGUAAUGACGGCAAUAGACCUCGAGCAUAAUGCAGCGGGACAAAUACCAGAGGAGUUGAUACUCUCUGGCACGUAUAUGUGCGAUUAUGGAUUUGGAGGGGAUAACCAGCUUCUGAACUCGAUGGUCUGGAUGCUCGACACUGUUUUGGAGGUCCUCGCACUGUGUCUUUCAGUCUGGGUUGCUGUGAAACACUUCCGUGACCUGCGACGACUCGACCCAUCGACAGGAUCGAUCAUCGGGGACUGUUUCAGAGUGUUGAUGAAAUCUCACGUGCUUUAUUUUGCAAGCUUUGUUUGUGUCUCUUGCCUCAAGCUUGCGACUAUCUCUCCAGAGCUCAAGAAUUCACAUUCUAUAGGAGAUCAGAUACUCAAUGGUGCUCUUGAAAUUUCAUUUGUCGUGCAGAUAUUUGUGCUGGGACCACGCCUUAUCCUUAGCGUUCGAGAAUAUCACGCCAAUCUCGUGGCCGAUUCCGAUGCAGAAACUAGCAUGAAUUCGAUCGUUUUCCAGGAGCGUGUACAUGUAUCAACUAGCAGCACUGUGUAG